AUGGCGUCUCUGAUUCAAAGCAUCCUGCAGCAAUCGCUGGUGACGUUCCGCAGCGAUCCGGCCUCCUUCUCCGCCCAGAUGACCACUUUGGCCGGUCUGGUGGAGAAAAUCACCGCCGAAGACCUCAACUUCGACAUCGCCUUCGCCAGCGCCCCCGCCGACAGCGACCCCACCAUCCCCGUCGCCCCCAUCACCUACAUCCACAUCUUCCAAGACGGCGUCCUCUCCAUCGGCAUCUUCGUCCUCAAGGCCGACAAGACCAUACCGCUGCACAACCACCCGGACAUGUACGGCCUGGUGAAGGUCCUCUCCGGCAAGGUGAAGAUCGACAGCUACUCCCUCAACACCACCAAAACGCGCGAGAUUACAAACCAAGAAACCACGAACGUUCCCGAAGGGGUGGUGCCCAAGAACAUCUUCCCGGCGGAGUGCAACAGCAGCGAGGUGUGCGACUCGCUGUCGAAGCCCUGCCUGCUGGAGCCCCACAACAAGAACAUCCACGAGAUUCGCAGCGUCGACGGGGCGGCGGCCUUUUUGCACGUGCUGGCGCCGCCGUACGCGGAGGCGGCGGCGGCGGCGCCGGAGGCGGCCGCCAAGCGGUGCUCGUUCUACGCGGCGCUGCGCCGGCUGGCGCCCGAGGUGGUGUUGUUGCAGGAGAUCGAGUGCCCGUCGUGGUGA